GCUAUUUACUCGCAGUUUAUGGAAACCCUAGGUCGCGGCGGAAUCCGUGUAUCGUCAUCGGCUUUAAGAGGAAGGUUCCCGCUUCCUCUCUCCCCUCUCGUCCGUCGUCUCCGCCCCCCUCCUCCUCCUUCUCCUCCUCCGUUUCCUCAACUGGGAACAUGUCGGACGAGGAGCACCAUUUCGAGUCGAAGGCCGAUGCCGGGGCCUCGAAGACGUACCCACAGCAGGCGGGGACAAUCCGGAAGAACGGAUAUAUUGUGAUUAAGGGGAGACCCUGCAAGGUUGUGGAGGUUUCCACUUCCAAGACUGGAAAGCACGGACAUGCAAAAUGCCACUUUGUUGGCAUAGACAUCUUCACCGCCAAGAAGCUCGAAGAUAUUGUGCCCUCGUCACACAACUGUGAUGUGCCUCAUGUUAAUCGUACUGAUUAUCAGCUGAUCGACAUAUCUGAAGAUGGAUUUGUGAGUCUCCUGACUGAAAAUGGCAACACUAAGGAUGACCUGAGGCUCCCGACUGAUGACAGCCUGCUCGCGCAGAUCAAAGAUGGAUUUGCUGAAGGGAAGGAUCUGGUGGUGAGCGUGAUGUCCGCUAUGGGCGAAGAACAGAUCUGUUCUCUCAAGGACAUUGGGCCUAAGUAGUCGCCCAUCAUCUUCUGUCUGGUUGUGUCUGUGCUUGUUCUUUGUUCUUAUUAAGCAAGGAGAACUUGUAAUAGUUCAUACGUUGCUAUUUGUUAGACUCGGAUGAUAUCAUAAUUAGGUGGUCUUUCGCUACUCUUAUCUCUUCUUUUCUCUCAGCCUGGAUUGGUGUUGUAUCGCAUGGAACCCAUCCUUAAAUUGCCUGUUAUGACGAGAUUUUUUGUUUCUUUUUUCUUCUUUUUUUUUUUUUCCUUUUGCCGGCCACUAUCUUUGUAUUUUGCUUAUCUGUGGUGAAGUAUUUUCUUAUUGGUUGAUCUUA